UUUAAUAGACAGAUGACGCCGCAAAGAAAUGGCACCGAUAUGCUGGGCAGCAAAGUGAGUCGACGUCGGGCACAGUAACGACGUCAGCACGCCCUCUAGUGGCAAUGUAGUGUCAUUGCCACGCUGUCUUCUAAGCGGGUUCCAGGAUUAUUUGAGGAAAGAAAACAGCAUUGAACCGAAACUGGCAUGGGGGGACUGGUCAGCGGCUGUGCCACCUGGUCUCAUCAGGGGGAGGAAGAGGUUAACGACGGAGCUCCACCACCACGCAGCUUGGCGUCUAUCGACAGAGAAGGCAAACAGGAUGGACUUUGCCUCGACUCCCUGCAGAGUCUGUCAGACAGUGGACUACGCAGCCCGCAAUGCCGAAUCUGCUUCCAGGGAUCCGAGAAGGGAGAGCUACUGAGCCCCUGCCGCUGCGCUGGCUCUGUGCGCUUCACUCACCAAGCUUGCCUUAUCCGCUGGAUCAGCGAAAAAGGCUCCUGGAACUGUGAGCUCUGCUACUUCAAGUACAGGGUCCGUUCUCUUUACACCAAGAACCCUCUGCAGUGGCAAGCGGUCUCGCUGUCCUUGAUAGAAAAAGUGCAGAUCUCAGCCAUCGUCCUGAGCACGGUGUUCCUCCUGACCAGCAUGGCCUGGCUCAUAUGGUCCGUUGUCAGUAUCGAAGCAAAAUGGCAGCGGCAGGACUUUGUAUUUCAGAUAUGCUAUGGCUUGUACGGCUUCAUGGACUUGAUUUGUACAGGACUUCUAAUCCAUGAAGGACCGUCUGUUUUCCGAAUCUUAAAGCGCUGGCAUACAAUCAACCAUCACUGGAAAGUUCUGAAUUACGAGAAAGAGAGAGACUUGGUUGACGCCGUCGCUAACAGAAAGGCGGACGGCGGCGAGGAAGGCUUCGACGACGGACAGGAGGCGACUCGGCAAGUCAGGACUUCUGUACAACAACACUUGGGCAAUUCUGUUUCUUACGUCCUCAACCAGCUAAGGCCUAAUAAUCUUCACCACGCCAACCAUGACGAGGUCAUGAGGGUAACCACUGUAUAGAUUACACCUGCAGCACACACACCACCAUUAUUUUCCCUUCCCUUACAACAGCUAACAUUUGCACACAGAAGCAAAUAUCUUGUCUGAAAACUCUUUAACACAUUGUUUAUUGUUUAGGAACUUUCCUUUUGCCGACAGGACCAAUGAUUGGCAAUUGUUUUAUGGAGAAAAGGAUGCAUUUUGUUGAAAAUUAAAGUUCAGUUAAUUAUUUUACUGACUGAAAUGGUUUGGCUAGUUCCAGUGCUCAUGGAUAAAUCAAUGAAAAGCCAAAUAAAACUUACACUUUGACCAGAUGGCCUGAAAUAUGGCUUCAAUUUGUAAUCUUUAAUGUGAUUCAAAUGCCAAACAGGGAAACUGCCCAUUGGAAAGUACCGAAUGCUGCUAAAAU